AAGUGCAAGCAACGUGAACAGACCUAAUCCUACAUUGGAUCCAUGUGUAGAAAUCAUAAUAAAGAAUUAUUGAGCGCUCACUCAGAUGUUUCGAUUCCUGAACACAGCCACUGAUUUCAUAUGAGAUUUUUACUAUUCGGAAGUUGAACUUGGAAUAAGAAUUUCUUUACAUUGUCUUUAAUAAGCAAAUGUAACGAAAAUUUUGCAUUGCGUUGUGGAAAUCAGAUACAAGCAUACACAAUGCAGUGGUAAAUAUUAAGGUUUCGUUGCGAGAAAAAACAAAGGGCCUUUGCCUCUUUGAUAAAUUGAAGCAUUAACUUUGUUACGUGGGUGUGUGUGUGCGCGCAGGCGUGCGUGUGUGUAAUACGUCGUUUCUAUUUAUAAAGAAAGCACAAAAAAAAUAUUUUCAACUCAAGAAAAUGGAAGCGGAACCAUUAGAGCUAGAAGAUGGUGAAAUCAUCGACGAUGAGCUCAGCGAUGUCUUUGGAACCUAUAAAAUUUUGCAAAGACCUCAUGUAAAGCAGACACCUGUCGUAGACUUAUCUACAAAAAUGCGAUACAGCGAUGAAUCUGACGACUCUGCAGAUUCUGAAAGUGAUUCUGAUUCAGAUUCCACACAGGCUAAUGUCAAAAAACCGAAACUUAAAUUGAAAAAGAAUAAGCAUUUGUGGAAAGAUUUGACAACCAAGAACAAAAAAUACAAAGUAUGGUGCACACAAAUGCAGGAGGAAUCUUUGACCGAAGAUUUAACGUCAUGCGGCGUCACCAAAAAGUUGUAUCAAGAACGUAGUGUUGAAAGUUAUAAUUUUACUCUACGGUAUGCAGGGAAUGGCAGGGAACCUCGUAAUAACAAUAGUUCUGAUGAAGAAAAAGACAACGAACACAGAUUGUCCAAUAAAAGAACCAAUUCAGACAGACGUGAUGUAAAAUUUAGAUUAGGAAAAAGGAGAAAUUCCAUGGAUUUGGAUGGUCAGAAAGGUUCGGUUAGAAUAAUAGCAGAUUUAUCUACAACUGUAGAUUCAACAGAUGCUGAUGUUGCUACUGAUAUAACCAAUAAACUCAGUGAAAGAAAAGAACUUCUCAUAAGACGAGUGGUGGACACAAUUGGUAAACAGAAAGCCAUUGAUUUUUUCCAAAAAACGAAGAAGAUUGAAGAAGAUGGAGGAAUGUUAAUAAUGAAUGGAUCUCGUAGAAGGACUGCCGGCGGAGUAUAUUUUUGGUUGGUAAAAAAUGACAAACAUAUUCCUCAGGAAAAAAUAAGGGAGAUAUUUUAUUACGACCAAAAAGAGAGCAGCGAACAAAGAAAGAAAACUAGCAAUUCAGGACGACAGAAGAGGGAGCAGGAAUUAAUGAGAAGUUUCGAAGAUGGAUCUGAAAAAGAUUUACCAGCUUUAUUAACAAGAGCAGAACUCUCGACGAGACAAAUUGCAGAGGAAGCAAGAUUACGACGUGGCGAAGGCAUGGACAGAAUGCCAGUAGAUUCUGAUCGUACGGUAUCAAACCCACCACCCAGUCCUGUAACGGAUGAUCCAGAUCAUUCCGAACAUCCACUGGUACAGAGACAAGUUCAAGAUUAUACCGAUGAUUUUCUCGAUAUUGGAGUAGACGUAGAUAGUAUGGAAGUACUCUAAGAUUAUGUUCUUAAUCUUACAUUUGCACGUAAUCUAAUAAUGACUUGUAUAAAUAAAUGUAUCAAUCGCACGAAGAAUACAUACAUGUAUAAUUUGUAUAGGUUGUAUGCUUAUCACAUGUUCAUAAGUGACAAAUAGACUGAAAACAGUGACUAAAAAUAUAUUUGAUUUCUAUCAAGCAAAAAAAAAA